AUAUACAUUUCGAAACCUUUUUCCCUAAUUAAUAAGAAUAAUAUUUUACAGCAUGAAAAACAUUCUUGAAAAAAAACAUAACAGUACCAUAGGCAACAAACCAUUCAAUUAAUCUGUCAGUAAACAAAUCUAUCUCACCAAAUCUGGCAGCUCAAAGUACACAAUCUGAAAGUUCAAGUUUACAAAACAAAUAUUCAAUCUUUUUCACUUCAAAUUUUGUAAAUCUGUAUAGAAAUCUGCAACAUCAAAUCUUGUUUUCUUUGUAAUCGUGGUGUUCGAGUCAGCCUUUGCCUAACUGAAUCUUGAUUUUAUCUUUUUCAGUUUUUUUCAAGAACCCCAUUUGCUUAGAAAUGCCUAUAAAUCCAAAAAUCUAAUCUUUUUCACUUCAAAUUUUGUAUAUCUGAGUAGAAAGUGGUGUCUGAGCUAGCUUUUGCGUGCCUGUGGUGUCUGAGUCAGCUUUCGCGUACCUUAAACUGAAUAUUGAGGUUUUUUUUCCAGUUUUUUCAAGAACCCCAUUUGUUAGAAAUGCCUAUGAAUCCAAAAAUCUUCAUUAAAUUGCUCAACACCCCAGAUCAGAUGAGUUUGUGAUUGUUUUCUUAACAUCAAAUCUUGUUUUUCUUGAAUAACCGUGUUGUCCGAGUCAGCUUUCGCGUACCGACUGAAUCUUGAUUCUUUUUCAAGAACCUCAUUUGCUUAGAAAUGCCUACAAUUCCAAAAAUAUCAAAUUAGUUGAUGAUUUGUUCUCUUUAACAUCAAAUCUUGUUUUUUACUUUAUUGAAUAACAGUGGUGUCCGAGUCAGCUUUCGCAUACCUUUGACUGAAUAUUGAUUCUUUUUCAGUUUUUCAAGAACCCCAUUUGCUUAGAAAUGCCUUCAAUUCCCAAAAUAUCAAAUUAGUUGAUGAUUUGUUCUCUUUAAACAUCAAAUCUUGUUUUUUUUUUCUUUUUUUGAUAACUGUGGUGUUCGGCUCAGCUUUCGCUCACUUCACUAAAUCUUGAUUUUUUUCUUGGUAAUCGUAGUGUCUGGGCUAGCUUUUGUGCUCCUAGACUAAAUCUUUAUUGUUUUUCUUCAUUUUUUCAAGAACCCCAUGGGGUUAAAAAUGCCUGCAAACCCAAAAAUCUUUACUGCUAGAUCAUCCUAUUGGUAUAACUACAAUUCACGUAGAUCAGCAAUCUUGAUUCUAUGUUUUCUUAUUGGUUUUGCUGGUUUUGUUUUCGGGUUUAUUGCGAUUUCAAGGAGGGGUUUAGGAAAUAGCUGUAAAUAUGCUGAACCUAGAUCUGUUUCUGUUGCUUGGGAUAAAACUGUGAUGAGUAGAGGAGAUGUUGUGGAUGAUGAAAAUGGGCUUGGGGUUAGUGAUGGAGGGUACAAGAGGCAUAAAGUUAUGGGAUUUGUUGGAAUUCAGACUGGAUUUGGAUCGGUUGCUCGGAGGAGAUCGUUGCGAAAGACUUGGUUUCCCUCUGAUCACAAUGGACUUCAAAAGUUAGAAGAAGCCACUGGAUUGGCUUUUAGAUUUGUUAUUGGCAAAACAAGUGAUAAAUCCAAGAUGUCAGCGCUUAAGAAAGAGGUAGCGGAAUAUGAUGAUUUUGUACUAUUAGACAUUGAAGAAGAGUACAGUAAGCUCCCAUACAAAACCUUAGCGUUUUUCAAGGCUGCCUACGCACUUUAUGAUUCUGAGUUCUAUGUUAAAGCUGAUGAUGACAUAUACUUACGGCCAGAUCGCCUUUCAUUGCUCUUGGCGAAAGAGCGGUCUCACUCGCAGACAUACCUUGGAUGCAUGAAAAAGGGUCCAGUUUUCACCGACCCAAAGCUCAAAUGGUAUGAACCACUUUCAUCUAUUCUCGGGAAGGAGUAUUUUCUACAUGCUUACGGUCCUAUUUAUGCUCUUUCUGCUGAUGUCGUCGCAAGUUUGGUUGCUCUGAAGAACAACAGUUUCCGAAUGUUUAGCAACGAGGAUGUUACCAUUGGCGCCUGGAUGCUUGCGAUGAAUGUCAAUCACGAGAAUAACAAGCAACUAUGUCAACCAGAGUGUACGGCAUCGUCUAUUGCUGUGUGGGAUAUUCCGAGUUGUUCAGGUCUGUGUAAACCCGAGAAGAAAAUGUUGGAACUUCAUGCGAACGACGUCUGCUCAAAGAGUCCGACUCUACCAUCAGAAGACGAUUGAUGAGAUCUUGAUCAACGUCGACUUCUGGAUUUCGGUCACAAUGUGCAUUUUGCAAGCCACAUAUGAGAUAUAGAUGUAAGAACUAUAUAUAUAUAUUUUUUUUUACCAUCGCUGUUGCGUAGAACUUAAAUGGAGCGACAUAGACAGUGAUCGAUGAUUCAUAUAGCCGAACUCAACUUGCUCGGGAUCGAAGCAUAGUUGUUGUAACUGUCUUGUGUUUUGGUUUGUUUGAAAUGUGAUUAUGUGAAUCAACUGCAAUUA